AUGACUACUUCAGCGAAGCCGGUAAUCCAUAUUCUAGGUUUGGGGGCCAUGGGGGCCCUUUUGGCAGUAGAUCUGCUGCGUUUCACGAACGCAACCGUGGUUCCACUAUUCAGAUCUCAGGAACGGCUGCAUAGGUUCCAAAACGAUUUCAACAGCACUUUGGCCGUCCGUAAGCUGUUUGAGAAAGAUCAGCCGUUGCUUUCGUGCAAGUUGGAAUGUAGCGAGUCUCCAGAAACCUUUGCUGGAGAGAUGAUCAAGAAUCUCAUCAUUACAACCAAGACGUACCAAACAGCAGAGGCCUUGCAGCCAUACCUGCGCUUCAUUGGCCGCGAUACCAACUUGAUACUUGUCCAAAAUGGGCUUGGUGUUGCUGAAAUGCUGAAAGAGAAGGUAUUCACAGAUCCGGAAACUCAACCACAGCUCUUUCAAGGCGUCAUUUCGCAUGGUGGCUUCCACGAUCAGGGCUUUACGUUCAAUCAUGCAGGUUUAGGAGAUCUGAAGAUAGCCAGGUUGCCCUGGGACCACAGCAAGCCUAUCCAGAGUGAGGAAGACGCGUCAAAAGACCGCAGGGAGAAUGAGCUUGUCAAAAUACUGACUGAACCUGCGUUUGCUGAAAAUUUCCAAACCACCCAAAUGACCUACCAGGAGAUGCUUCUGGGACAGCUCUACAAGUUCCUGGUCAAUGCCUGUAUCAAUCCCGUCACCUCGAUUGUUGACUGCGUCAACGGUGAACUGGCUGACGACAGCGCCGAUAUUUUCUCCCUCAUCAUCGAUGAAUGCCUCCGGGUGCUCAAGGUUGCCUACACACCUUUAUUCGAGUAUGAAACCCGGUAUCACGGGAGAGAAGGAUACCCGCCGGUUCCAGUCCUGUCUGUCCUCAACACCGAAAACAUGGUCAAGGAGGUCAUCCGUCUCGGAUGCGUCGUCAAUCGCCACAACAGCAGCUCCAUGAGACAAGACACUCUGUAUCUCAGAGACACUGAAAUCGAUUACAUAAACGGAUACAUCGUGAAGCUGGCCGACAAAUACCAAUUAAACGCCAAAGUGAACCGAACCAUCCAGUCUUUGGUGGAUUUAAGGCUCGCACUCAACAGAAAGCGCAAACUGGAAGGAGACAUGAGAUCUAAGUAG